AUGAUUUCUCUAGUUUCCAGAGCUGCUGUCAGAUCUUCCAACGCAAUUCGUUGCUACUCCACGGAGGUUGCUCCCAGAAAAACUUCCAGUCUGAAAGGAGGACUAUUUGGAUUUCUCCUUGGAACUACCAUCACUGGGGUCGCUGGUUACUACUAUCUUUUGAACGAAUACAAGAACUCCAGUGACUUGGUGCUUUCGGAUGUUCUUGCUCUGCAAAAAUCGAUCAGGAAUUUGGAAACCCAGGUCAGGGUCCUUGAAUCUAAAAAAUGA